GCCGUCCUUCGGCCGCCCUAGGGCGCCCCUCUGCCUUCGCGAGCGGCCCCGGCGGGAGCGCGCUCUCGCGAGAAGGCAGCGGCGGUGGGAGGCGAGAUGGCGGCGGGCGCCGAGCCGUGCGGGGGGCCGGCCGGGCCCCAGGGCCCCCGGCGGACCCUGCUGGUGCGCCACCUGCCGGCCCAGCUCCCGCCCGACGACCAGGAGGACCUGCUGCGGCACUUCGGCGCCCACCACGUGCGCCCGAUGCCCGACAGGGGGCGCAUGAAACAUACCGCUUUUGCUACUUUCCCCAGUGAAAAAGCUGCCGCAAAGGCUCUGUCAAGACUUCAUCAGCUAAACAUUUUAGGUCAUACUUUAGUUGUUGAGUUCGCAAAGGAACAAGACCAUGCUCACUCAGUCUGUCAGACUACACCCUCAGAGACAACGCAAAGGUCUGAUGAGCCUGUAGAAGAGGAAAAAGAAAAGAAAGAGACAGGCUGCUUAACAAUAGAAAAUGGAAUUGCACCAAGUCACGGGCUGACAUUUCCUUUAAAUUCGUGCCUCAAGUAUUUAUACCCGCCUCCUUCGAGUUCCAUCCUAACAAAUAUUGCAAAUGCUCUGGCAAGUGUGCCCAAGUUCUAUGUACAGGUGCUCCAUCUGAUGAAUAAAAUGAAUCUACCCACACCUUUUGGACCAGUUACUGCUCGGCCUCCCCUGUAUGAGGAAUAUUUGCCGCUGCAUGUGCCUCUCCCCCCUGCACCUCCUCUGCCUCCGGAAGAACCCCCUUUACCUGAAGAUGAUGAGGAAGCAUCCAGUAGAGAAGAAUCUGAAUACGAAAGCGGGGAUGAUGAAGACCGACAGAGAAUGGCCAAGCUGAUGGAAUUAGCCAGUCUUCAGCCAAAAAGACGAGCAGUUACAAAACAGCGCCAUGUGAGAAAAAGGCAAAAAAUAAGAGAUAUGUUGAAUGUACCUGUAGCUGCACACAGUAAUUUGCAUCCAGCGCUGUUGCCUUCAGAUGUCUUUGAGCAACCACAGUCUUUGGGUCCCAAAAAAAUAGAAUUCCAUAUAUCUGCGGACAUACCAGCUGCAUUUCUUAAAGGUGUAGAGAAAGAGCAAAAUUGUGGUUUCCCUGCUAACAGAGAAAACACGACUAAUUCAGGGUUUGGAAAGAUAUUCCCAGCUCCCAGCGUGAAUGACAAGGAGGAAACUAAAGAGGAUUCUGAUGAAAUGCCAUCUGAAUUUGUUUCUAGAAGGGAGCUGGAAAAAGGCAGACUACCUAGAGAAGAAAUGGAAUCACUCUCUGUUUUCAAAAGCUAUGAACCAGGUGAUCCAAACUGUAGGAUAUAUGUGAAAAAUUUAUCUAAGCAAGUUCAAGAAAAGGAUCUUAAGUUCAUUUUUGGAAGAUAUGUUGAUUUUUCAUCAGAAACUGAACGAAUAAUGUUUGAUAUACGCCUGAUGAAAGAAGGGCGCAUGAAAGGACAAGCUUUUAUCGGACUUCCAGACGAAAAAGCGGCAGCUAAAGCUUUAAAGGAAGCAAAUGGAUAUGUUCUUUUUGGAAAACCCAUGGUGGUUCAAUUUGCUAGGUCUGCUAGGCCAAAACAGGAUUCUAAAGAAGGCAAAAGAAAGAGAUAGAAUAUUGCUUAAGAAGCAUUCCUGCGUAAAUACUGCAGUAAUACUGUCAUGCAAAGUGUAUCCUUUCUUGUUGUAUCCUUUUUGGGCAGUGUUUUUCUCCAGAAAUUUUAUAUUUCUAAGUUUUGUUUUGUUAUUUUUUUUUUCCCUAGUCUAGAUGGGGCAGUGACUUUAUACUUUCUUGAAGUUAUAUUUUGGAAUACCUCUAAUUGAGAUGGAAAAUUCAACUUAAUACUCCAUUACAUAUAAUUGUUCAAAUUAGCUAAGAUUCCAAGACUACAUUUCAGUAGCCUUUUUUUUUUUUUCCCAAAGAAAGUCAGUGAAAGAAAGUUAGUGAAUCAGGUCAUUCUAAUUAAACAAUUAUGACACAAUUUAGUAUUUUUUCAAUUUGCCUCCAAAAAUUUGUUUUCCCACAGUGUGUUUUGUUUUAUGAUCUUUUCAUCGGAUUAAUUAAUGUGAUUUCACUUAACCAUAAGAAAGAGUACUAAAUGGGUUGGGAAAAUAGAACUUUUUAGUGUUUAAUUGCAUGGUUUAAGAUUGGCCCUUCUAAGAAAUGUGGUUGCCUAUUAAUACAUUUACUAUUUAGAGCCCUUCACUUCUGAGUCUCAAGUUUACUGUAACCUUCAUUCAGUCAUAUUUGAGCUCUUAUUGUGUGCAAAACACUGUGCUAAGUGCUUGGAAGUGUACAAUAUAACA